UAAUUCUUUGCGCGACCUGGAUCGCAACUCACUACAAUAGCUAGGAAAGGCCACCUAUCUAUAGUGGAUAUACGUCUGCACAACAGCAACCAAGUCCAUCAUGGUCGUUUAAUUAUGUAAUAUGGUUAUGAUCGCGUUGUUCAAGCGCCCAAGUAUUACAUUAAAUGUCUGCAUCAAACAGUCAUGACACGUCUACGUUGUUGCUGAAGAUAUCGUCUCUACAGGCCGAACUUUCACACCUACAACACCGGUAUGAUGCUUUACUUGCUGCUAAAGAGCGCGCCGCCGAGAGAUACAAGACCGACUACAAAAAGUGGCGAAUUGUCAAGCAGUGGCUUUGCGAGAGUUCCGAUUGUGGCAAGGAGGUGCAUCCAUUAUUGAAGGAUAGCAACUAUGAUAUCUAUCGGAAAGUCUCUAACACCGACAAACGACGCAUAUUUGAAGAAAUAGGUCCGGACCUGAGUGCGUUUGACGAGGAGGAGAAGCAGACGUUCAAGACGCCUCCUGAUACUCUGGGAAAGCAGCAGGAGAUACCAUCAACGCUCCACGCUUCGCGUAGAGAAACGACUGUUUCAACGAAAGUUGGGAUGCACUCCACCAAUCUAUUCAAACCCCCGCUCGUGAUACAUGAGCACUCAAUUGGAAAAGACGUCCGAAAUGAAGAACUACCAGCUGGCACAUCUGUGUUGCAGAGUACCGCCUCACAUCGAGAUCCUCCCAAGAGACGCGGGAGAUAUGCACAAGCUAUUGAUGCGACCACUAUCAAUUCACGCUUCACUGUAUGCAAAGAACGCAAUCACGGCGUAGAUUUCCAGUAUGAUGAGGUGGUCAAGAGCCGUGAAGGGCGAAAAAAGAUGAUUGGUGACGAUUGUGAAUGUUGUCGUGGUUACUACGAAGGUGUUGGACCGCUGCCCAUGCCUCUCCAGCAGCCGCUUUGGCGCUCACCCUCCUCGACGCCUACUAAGAAGCGCCGGUUGUCAUUUGACGGCCUCUCAGACUGCAAGGAAAAUCGCGAAGACAUCGAACACCACAAGACAGAGAUAUCACGACAUCGGCACCAUUGGUAUCGUGCCAAGACACCACCUGGCUACUGGGACAUUGGUUUUCCCGACACACAGGAGACAACUGACAUCAACCGACGUGCCGCAGAAAUGUAUGCACAGAAAUUGGUAGACAUUGAAAACGAAGCACGGAGUGGCAAGGGAAGAUAUGUCGAACGGAUAGUAUAAGUAUGCGAUAGCCCUGCAGGGCUAUGAUCAGGUUAUAGAUAUUUGUCCUCGGGACGAUGAGGAACUCGACCGACAUCAUAUAAUAUACCACACAAGGCGGAAUCGAUCACAAUGUCUUCCUCAUAGUUCGACUGCCUUUCAUGUUAGGAUUUAAUUCUGUCGACAACAUCAAGGA